AUGUCAAGUUCUCCGUCUUCUCCGAAAAGGGAGCUUGAUGACACAAACAAAGCUAAGGAAAUCUCGACAAAAGGGAAAGAACCUAGGGCGUUCAAACCAACGACAAAGAUUAACCAAAUUAGCCUAGAAACAAGUUCAAAUUUUCCAGAAGAGAAAGCUGUCUUGGAACUUCAUUCCGUAAAAUACCUGGAAAAUUCGCAAACCACCUUCUUGCCCACGGGAGAGGAGGAUGCCAAGCUUAUAGCUGACAUCAAAGAAAAUUUAUACGUCGACAAUCUCAUCUUAACUGCAGAUUCGGUGGACGGCUCAGUACAUAUCUACAAUCGAACAAAACAGGUGUUCAACGGCUUGAACAUGAAUCUCCGACUAUUUGGAAAGAAAGAUUCGAUUGGGACACAGCGUUGUCUCCUGGAAGACUCCUGGAAGCGUAUCUGCUCAGACAUGGACGGGUUUACAAAAACUCUACCUCGAUGUCUUUGUGCAAAAAACACAGAAUGUGUUUUAAUCACCUUCGCCGGUGCAAGUACUGAAGCCAUUGCUGCAAGUAUCUACUUACGCACUGAAACGACAACGAACAUCAUCAUCGCAGGAGGUAAACUAGCAUCUAUAAAAACCACAUCAUCGACAAUACCGAAAAUGGAAUUGGAUGCGAAUGCAAAACGAAUUAUAGCGCGAGUCUUACGCUACAUUGCAAUUCUUGUUGCUCAAGUGAAUGCUCGAAGAGAUCGUCCAAUUAGGCUUUCCGCACUUCUUGAAGAGUCCUUGCAACAUCAAGUUCGAGUUCACAUCAAGUUCGAUCCAGAUGAUCUACUCAGAUGCUUUGGAUGUCUGGGAAAAAGCGAUCUGGAUGGGGAAUCAAAAACACCACUAUUAGUCUUGCAGAACUCUUGGUCAGCAGAAGUCCUAAUUCGCGACCGUCAUAAUAACGGACAUCCAGGAAUAAGUCACACCAUGUCCUUGGUGAGACAAUCCUUUUGGAUUCUCAAACUGCGAGCACAAGUGACACGCAUUAUUCGGCACUGCAUACCCUGUCAAAAAUUUAACAAUUUGCCUUACAAGUAUCCCGAACAAAGCGAUUUGCCCUCAGAACGGGUCUGCAGAUCACGACCCUUCGCACACGUCGGACUGGAUUACUUUGGUCCACUGUCCAUUCUAAAGUGCGAUGGUACAGAACGCAAAUGCUAUGGACGUAUAAUUACGUGCAUGGCAACACGCCUCGUACAUCUCGACGUUGUUUCUGACCUCUCCACCACAGCAUUUCUUAUGAUGUUACGCCGCUUCUUCGCCCGACGAGGUCUACCAGUAUCUAUCACAAGUAAUAAUGCUCCAAAGUUUACUCUUGGAGAAACCAUUCUCAGCGAGUGUCUACAUGCGGUCCAAAAUGACCCGGCUGUGGAACGAACAGUAACAAGUCGAGAAAUCCAGUGGAAGCAUAUCACGCCUUUCGCUCCAUGGCAAAGAGGCUUCUAUGAGAGGUUGAUUAAAUCAGUGAAACAUUCCCUCUACAAGUCAAUAGUCCUCGCUAAACUGUCCUUUGAACAAUUGACGACACUGAUAAUUGAAAUCGAGGAACUUCUAAAUACGAGGUCUCUUCUGUAUGUGGAAUCAAACUCACCCUUAGAACAAGUAUUGAGACCCAUCGACUUCCUUCAAAAUGAGUUUGAAGUUCCCUAUCCAUUGGAUGACACCGCUGAAGAUGAGGGAGAUCCUUCUUAUCUCCCACCUGGAGGACAAGUCCUUCUAAGAACCAAAACACAAACUAUAAAAGCUCUACAAACAUCCUGCAAGUUCACAGAGAAAUGCUGGCAAGUAUGGAGAGAUCAAUAUUUGCUACCUUUGCGCGAAAAACAUCAACGCGAAGUAGGGAAGAACAGAAGUUCACGAUAUUCUCGUAGAAAGGAUGAUAUUGUAUUAAUUAACGAACCGAUUUUACCUCGAAAUUUGUGGAAAAUGGGAAGAAUACACGAUCUGACAAUGAGCUCAGAAGGAGUAAUACGUGAAGCGGUCAUCAUGCUACCAUCUCAUCGCCAGAUAUGCAGACCGAUAAACCUUCUGGUUCCACUAGAACUAGAGGAUGAGAAACGAAAGAACGAGAACUCUCCAGUACAAGUACAAGAACCCAAAUCGGCUUCAUCGUCCACUUCCACAGAGAGAAUUCACGAGUCUGAAAACUGUCCUGAGUCCAUACCCAGUAGCAAUAAACAGACAAGUCGAUAUAACCUACGACCAAGAAGACAAGUAGAUUAUAGAGGAAUUCUCUCAAUUAUUCGUGCAAAUCAAUCCGCUACGCUACUCACCAUUUUGUUGAUUCUGGCUAUAGAAAUAGGAGACUUAUAUUCCGACGAGGCAUACCAACAUUCCUCAAACACCAGACCCAUUCGUUGCAUAAAUGGAGGUGUGGGACUUAUUUCACCGCCUCACAUACCCUAUCAAGUUUGUGCCGCAGAAUUUUGUCGAACUUACGGAGACCCGCAAAAUAAUGUAACAUUGCGGUUUCCCCCACAAGUUAUAUUACACGAUCAUCAAGUACAGUGGAAGUUUACGGAGAACGAAACCACGACAAUUAUAGAAACACAGUGUCCAGCCGCAGCGUUCUGCCAAAACAUCGACUGCAUCUUCUGCUCCGUUGCAAUUCUCAACCCAGAGUGCUGGCCAGCUGGAACUAUCAUCCUCGUCACAAUUCUCCUCUACUUUGUCAUCUCCGGGUGUUACAUGUUUUUAUAUGUGCCUAUCACUCUUGGUUGGCCAAUACGCCUAAUGACAAGUCUUAUUUGUCGUUGUCUUAGAGCUCUCAUCAACGGCAUUACACGAAGGACGAGGAGAGAACAUAAGAAUCGUCGACAACAGGUCGACCUGAUCAAGCUGUUGGCUAUCUUGUACAUACCUACUUUUGCUAUGGCCGAAACAAAAGAUAUAAAUGCAACAAGUCUGCUACCAGAAUUGGAGCAUGGGAACGAGUAUCGGGGAAUUACAGCAUGUGUGGAGUCCUGCGGAGGCCUCGGAUGCGAUUGUUUCUAUUGGAGCUCGGGAUGCCUGUUUUACCACAUUUAUUUAAUGCCUACCACUCCACAAGUUUACGAAAUCUUCCACUGCAAUCGAUGGAGAGAAGCAGCAAAAGUCGAGAUCACACAUUACGACGCUGUCAAAGGAACAGCUGAGUCGUACUUGGCACAUCUGCGACCAAAUAUCCCAGUGUUAUGGAAGUUUUUUACACUCACUCUAAGUUCCAUAACAGUGCCACCAAUUCCACCCUUUAAUUCGCCAUUCGUUACGGAUGGAAACCACACGACCAUUUGGCACUCAAACAGAAAACCUGCCCUGCAGUGUCCGAAUCACACGACAGCGAUGAACCUCGACUGCGACAUUGCAGAAGACUGUACAUGCUAUCCGGCCGAGACCCAAACCAACUGUAAAUGCAGACGAGUUGAUAUCUCCUCAUGCUUUGACAACGUACAACACCGUCUCCCGGUAGAUUUACUGCCAGUAACAUUCCGACAAACUCGAGAAGGACAAGUUCAAGCCACAAUAUCAAGCAUGACUACGUCCAAAAUAAUUUUCAACAUUCAAGAUGACUUCAAGACCAACAUCAUUGUGGACAACGCCAUCUGCACAAUAGAAAAUACUAUUGUAAGCGGAUGUUAUCGAUGCCAAGAGGGAGCUUACGCAAAAAUUAUGUUCAUUUCAAAUAAACCAGCUCAAGCAAAAAUAAUAUGUCCCACGUCAAGCUUCACUGUACCUUGCGAUCAGAACGGAAAGAAUUCGGAGCUACAAUUUAGCUUCAGAAGCGCAAGGAUCACCCAGACAUGCACGGUCUCGUGUGGAACAGUAGUCAAAAGUUUUGAAAUCAGCGGUAUUCUCAAGUCCACAGAUACUGCGACAUCCAUUCUUAACAAGUGGCUAAGAGCAUUUAGAGAAAUGGACAAAGAUCUCGCCAAUCUGUCGAUAUUCAUGAAUGACAAGAAACCAAUUACAAGUUGCCUCGAAAACAAUCUCACGUGGACACUGGACGGCCUUCACCGGCAAGUUGAUACUGCAGCAACUAUCCGAGGGGACUGGAUGCACAUGAAGGGAGACCCAGCCUUAACCUUUGGAGCCCCAAAAGAACAAGUUAUCAUCCUUAAUCGGAUUCUCAGAGCAGCAAGCGUUGCAAAGGAAAAGAUUGUUAGAGUAGUGUCGAAUUACCUGCUGACCAGUAAAUGGUAUGCCGCACAAGUUGACCCCGUCCGACUCUUGGAAUGGAGACAGGUUCAGCGGAAAACGGCGGAUAUUUCCGAAGUCAUUCCAAUGGCUAACGAGGAAACGAAACGCCUUUCCACACUCAUCAAGGAUGUCGAAAGCGAAUUACUGCAAGAGCAACAACAGGACAUCCACGCCUUGACACUACAAGUUCGAGAACUGGAAUCCAGAACAAACGCGACGAAAACAGAUGAAGAGGAAAAAUCCGAUACGAUGAACAACACGACAUCACCAAAAAGGCUACAAUUGACUGGCCUACAAGUACAAGUAAAAUGCAAAACACGGCACGCACAACAAGUUUCUCCUAAUCACGAACAAGUGAACGAUGAAUACUAUGACAAUGACGUUUACUACAAGACUCCGAAAAACAAUCAAGAACCAAGGUCAGAUCCUGAUUACUUCGAACAGAUGAUUGACGAGGUAAAGGAAUAUAGCGAAGACGAGCCGAUGGAUGAAGACCACGUACCUGCGUUACAAAACACUUCAAGCGAUGAGGAAGACGCGCGCGAUAACAACAAAGAAAUAGAUGACGAAAUGUGGAGACGCAAAAGAUUACGUGAAGACCUACUGCAGAUGGAACAAGUUCUUCGGAAUUUUACAUUCGGAAAAAUCGGAGAAUCCUCACGCGGUAUUAAAAGCUGGAUAAAAUGCGCCUUCUGCAACAGAGUCGGCCAACAUUUUUCUGACUCCUGCCCACAAUCAACAGAUGGCGAUAAACGGUACAAUAUUGUACGUUAUGGAGGACUCUGCAAGCACUGCCUUGAUCAAUGCCCACCUGACAAGUGCAAGUUCAAGCCGAGACGAUGUUGGUACUGUGAAAGAAUUAGAGGAACUAUCGCAGAGGACCUAAUGCCAGACGACGGAAGACAUCAUCGCGCCCUUUGCAAUGUACGCAACCAAACGCGAGGAACACCUCACGACGCAGGAUCGAGAAGCUCAAGAAAAAGCUCGACGGAUGAGGACCAAUGGUGGGCGGGAGUGUCGACAAGUCGACUACACUUGAUUUGUAUUAUAGAUAGGGGCAUUAUUUUGCUCUAG